AUGUGCAGCUUGCAAAGGUGGAUCAACCCUCAUGACCUAGAUAACGAGGCACUUGCUUUUAAGCCUGUAAUAGGUUCCAUGCUUUCAAGGAUUUACCACAACCCUCAAAAUAAGGAGGAAAAUCAGUCACAAUUACCAAAAAUUUUGCAGUUUUGGGCCUCCAAGGAAGUUUAUGAUCAAGAUACCAUUCUUGGGCUUGAGAAUGAGAUGAUGGGGGGAUCAACAACAAACUUAUUUCUUGUGCCUCCAAGGGACUUAUCUGCUGUUUCAACAGAUCAUUUGACCAUUUCAGGACCAUCACCCCAGGUGUCAAACCAUAAUACCUUACAGUGGCAGCCUCAUAAGCUAAGUUUGGUGCCAAAUUUACCAGAUCUAGAACAUCCUGAUAAACAAGUUUCUCCCCUAGCAGCCAUGCCACCAUCGGUAGCAACACAACAAUUUCUUCCUAAUUCAGUUCCUUCUGGUGGUUUUGUUGGGUCCUUGCCAAUCCCAUCUUCCGGUCAACAAGCAAAUCAACAACCUGCGUCCCAUAUAUUGCCAGGACCGACUGCUAAUGUUGGUGAAAAAUUACCUCCAUAUCCUUUGUUUCCACCUGGUCUUACUCCUGAAAUGGUCAGAAAAAUGCAGAUCGAGAUUGGAGAGGUUAACCCUUCUGAAGGACCCAUGAAACCUUCCGAAUUAAUCGAUGAAGAUGAUGAGUAUGAGAGAGAGCCUCCCAUUUGCAAGGGAGGAGCUUGCAUCCCUCCCCCACCUAAUUUACAAGUGGCCCCUGAAACAGGAACUUUUGCUGAUGGAAGUGUAGAACAGAAGCCUGGAUCAACUAGCUCAGGAUGGUUGGGACUUGGGGCCACAGCUAAUCCAAAUGAGGCCAGUCAAUAUGAUGAUGUUUAUUAUUCUUAUAGGAAACAGAGAAGUAUCAAUUACCAUACGUCUAUGAGUGCAAGAGCUGCUGCUACAAGGUAA